AUGGCUUUCAUGGUGAAACACAUGGUGGGAGGACAGCUGAAGAAUCUGACAGGCGGACUGACGGAGGAGAAACCCGAAGCGGAGAAAUCAGAUGCCGCCGCGCAGGGGAUGACUCAAGAGGAAUUUGAACAAUAUCAGCAACAGUUAGAGGAGGAAAAACAAGAACGAGAAGCCAAUUUUGCCCAGAAGAAAGCUGAGAGAGCCACAGUUAGGAGUCAUUUCCGGGACAAGUACAGACUACCAAAGAAUGAAGUUGACGAGACCCAGAUCCAGCAGGCGGGCGAGGACGUGCAGUUGCCCACAGAGCUGGCCAAGAUGAUAGCAGAGGACAACCAGGAGGAAGCGCACAAGCAGUCGGUGCUGGGCCAGUUGUCCAACAUCCAGAACGUAGACAUGGACCAGCUGAAAGACAAAGCCCAGGCCACACUGGAAGACCUCAAGAAGCAGACGGAGAAUUGCAGUCUCAUGUGA